GAUCCAGGACAGUCAGCCAAUUUACAGUACAAACACUAAGCAUUGCUCUCAUCCUUUAGACAUCACAGCAAUGGCCCCUUUUGAAGUGCACAUCAAACAUGCUGGAAAAGUACACGAUCUCCAGCUAGACCCCGAUCUACCAGCAUCUAUCUUCAAGGAUGCGGUAUAUCAGGUCACUGGUGUACCUCCAGACAGAAUGAAAGUUAUGAUUAAAGGUGGCGUCCUGAAAGACGAUACAGAUUGGAAGAAGGUUGGCCCCAAAGCAGGGCAGACGUUCAUGGUGAUCGGUGCGGCUGGCGAACUCCCAAAACCACCGUCAAAGCCUAUUGUCUUCUUGGAAGACAUGGACGACGCAGAAUUAGCUGAAGCAUUAGCCAAACCUGUUGGCCUCAGAAAUAUGGGUAACACAUGUUACAUGAAUGCUACUAUCCAAGCCAUGCGUGCUAUCCCAGAGCUCCAGACUGCUCUCGGCGCGUCUACAUUAACUUCUUUGCCAAAAGCAAUGCGCAGUUUAUAUACCGAUAUGUCUAGAACGACCGAACCUUUUACCCCAAUGAACUUCCUUACUAUUUUGCGUCAGGUAGUACCGCAAUUUGCGGAGGUAGACAGGUCCAAAGGAGGCCCUAUGGCUGGCAUGGCUGGGUAUGCUCAACAGGAUGCUGAGGAGUGUUGGGGUCAAAUAACGAACGCUUUAAAAGUAGUGCCUGGGAUAUCAAGUCCAUCUGGUUCAUCUGCGGGCAAGAAUUUUGUCGAGCAGUUCAUGAUGGGAGAAAUGCGACGAGAGUUGAAAUGCGACGAAGCCGCCGAUGAAGCACCUUCAGUUUCGACAGAGAAGGUUCUCAAGGUUGAAUGCAAUAUCUCUAUUUCAACUAACUAUAUGCAUAGUGGUAUCAUGAAUGCCCUCGACCAGAAGGUCGAAAAGAACUCGCCGUCCUUGGGUCGAGAAGCAGUUUAUAGCCAGAAAUCUCGAUUGUCUCGUUUGCCCAGUUACCUAACUGUGCACAUGGUAAGGUUUGCGUGGAGAAGAGACAUCGGGAAGAAGGCCAAAAUAAUGCGUAAAGUCAAAUUCCCCACCGAAUUUGACGCGCUAGAUCUUGUAACAGACGAGCUCAAGAGCAAGAUUACACCAGUGAGCCGCCGUUUGAAAGAGAUUGAGAAAGAGCGUGACGAGAGACGGAAAGUGCGGAAGCGCACCAAGGGCGCACAGGGAGGCAGCUCAUCAGCAGGGAACGGUAAAGACGGCGAUGUAGAAAUGACCGAUGCUGCACCUACGACAGCUCAGGAAGCGGCUGCAGAUGGUGACGACAAAGGCAAGGCAGUAGAAUCAUCAGUAGAGCUGCUAGACGAGGCUGUCUACCGUGAGAGAGAGCUGAAAGAACUUGAAGCGCUGGUGGACACAGAUUUGAAGGCUGAUCACGGCUGCAGUGUGAAUGCGCUGUAUGAUCUUGUUGCCAUCGUAACGCACAAAGGCGCUGCUGCAGAUGCUGGGCAUUACAUUGGAUUCGUGAAGAAGAGCGUUUUUCACGGAUCUUCAGCACGGAAGCUAUCUGAUGGUGCAUCGUCUUCAACUGCCGCUCCAGCCCUGCUUAUAGACGAAGAUGACGAGGAUUGGUACAAGUUCGAUGACGACAAGGUAUCGAUCUUCCCGAAGGAAAAGUUGACAACGUUGGACGGUGGAGGAGAAGAUUCUUCGGCUUAUGUUCUGCUUUACAAGAGCAAAUCCCUAGUUUAAAUGUGUGAUUUCGAUCAAAAGGUUUUUGAAAGGGUUGAUCCUUCAUAUCGAGGCCUUCAUUGUAUUGGAAGCCCGCAAGGAUUAUGUUGAGUUUGUUUGAGUUGUGUCGAUAAUAGACGAUUGUAUAAGGGUUUCAUUACAAGUGUUGGUAAGAAACAUGCGGACUAUACUACGCAUGUCACAGAUUCUGUAGGAAAACAAAUUGGGAUGAACCUCCCCUAUGUAAUAGCAAGAAGGUCGAAGAUAAGCAACUGAUACAGACCCCAAAUAGAAAGGCGGUGCAGGAUAAAACGAACAGACUGAUGAUGAUAUGUACAUUUUCACGAUACAAAUGUUCCGUUAGCUUUCACCAGAGGGCUGGUAUCUUCAUCCAUCGUGUCCAAGUCGUUUGCUGAUGGAACUGCAGCUGAUGCGGAGGCACCGGCUGCUGCUGACUGGGAUUGUUGGGGAGGUGAGACGUCCCUUGAAAUCUCGUCACUCGCGGUUUUGUGCUGAUGUCUCUGACUAGGCGCUCGAAGACUAUUGGUUUUG